GGCGGGGAGUGGGGGAGUGUGGGUGUGAGGCGGUGUGUGAGGGGGAGGGAGGCACCAGCUGGAGGUACCGGUGAAGAUGGCCGCGGGAGAGCCGGGCCCCGCGGGGUUGGCGAUACACAACUUCAGCGCGAGACUGGCGGAGCAGACGGUGGUGCACUUCCACACCCUGAGCAUGAGGGACAGCUUCUUCCUGUGGGUGGGGGCCGCGCCCUCCCUGUGUAACCUGGCCGUGGCCAUGUGCAGCAGACUGAACCCUAUACCAGUGUCUACAUUAGUUCUUGGAGAUACCUCUGAUACCACAUCCAGUUCUCUAGCGCAACGAUUAGCUAAGAAGACGGGCAAACAGGUCUUUGUCAGCUACAACCUCCCAAACACCAGCAGCAACACAGCACUGGAGGUGGAAAACCGAAUCAAGCAAGAAAUGGAUGCUCAUCCAGAGAAAUUCUAAUUGUAACUAAUUAUUAUUUUGUACUUUUUUUUAAAAAAAUGACUUUUGGCAUAUUUAAUAAAGUGUUAAAAACUUUCCUUUAUAGGUGUUACAUGAAUUGGGAAUCAAAUACUGAUUUGAAGGUUUUGGAGAGAUCAUGGUAGAGCAAACUUUGCUGUUUACCCAAAAAUGUUGAGCAUUGUGAUGGAAAUGUUAUCUUCUGGAGGCUCGGGUGUGGGUGAGGAAGAUAGGGCAGCAGUAAUGCAAUAAUUGCUUUUGACCCUAGGGAGGCAACAAAUCACACCAGGGUAUGUCUGAUCACUAGCUAGUGCCCUGUGUGAAUGAACAUAUGUAGAAUAUAUGUUAAUCAUAGCCAAUUCAACCAUGCCUUUACCUGGCACAAUGUUGGGCAAGUUUCCUUACUCCAUACCUCUGUUUACCUAGCAGUGCAAAGAAAUUGGUCACUUCAAUCCACAACUGUUUGGCUGCUGUGUUUCACCCACAAAAUAUACAGUUAAUUCAUUUUGCAGUUUAAUGUGAAGUGCUUUGAGAUUUCUUGAAGAUGUGACAAGGCACUAUAUCAAAUUCAACAGUUAUUACAUUAUUAUUUCUCCUUUGCCCCCCCAUUUCUGGAUAGCAAUUGGGAGGAGAACUUCAGGCUGAAUUUGAGUUUUCCUCGUUUUGCAUUAGCAUAUCUCAGGUGAUGGAUGCACUUAUGGUUCUGCAGCAAGACUGACAGCAAGUGCAUAGUCCAAAGCAUCAUUUGUCUCACAUCAGUAUGAAGUAUAGAUGGUGAGACAGUUUUCUCUGGACAAUGUCACUGCAUGGUGUGCCAAUUGAGGCCUUCAGAAGCCUUCAUGGAGGUCUGCAUGUAUAUCAUGCAGUGACAUUGACUAAUGAGUCACUCCAUCCUAUAAAGGAGACUCCGACCCUGACCACCUCCAAAUGCACCGAGAAUUGCUCCCACAGAAUAUUCAUUCAUCAAUGAUCACCAUCUGUGAACCCAUGUUUCAAUGAACAAAAGUUAUGAUAUUCUCUGCUCAGAAGAUUCUUACAAUUGCUAUGAUCAAAUGCAAAUCAAAUACUUCACAUUUUAAAACUUCUUCCAACCAUUGCUAGUGGUUGGAUGAGGGAUGGGUUUGCUUUUGUUAAUGGUUUUACUGAUGGAAAAUUUAUAAUUUUACUUCCUCUAUCAAUCAGUAUGAAAUGAGGUAUUUUAUAGCCCACUUGCACUUCAUUUUGUUGAAGAGGAAAUUAGUCUCAUUCAGAGGAAACGGCAGUUUAAGCUUGUUGAAUUACCCAGUCCAUGCAGGUGCUACUUCUACACCCAAAUAUUGCAUGUGGUGUGGAAUAACUGUAAAUAUGCAGUAGAAUUCAGACUUCAAUGCUGUUUUGAUUAUGACAAAACUAGGUGGUGUAUGUCUAUGUACUUAAUGCAUUAAUAAAUGGACAGGUUACCUA